GUGAGCCAGAAACCAGCAGCGCGCCAUCACGGCUCAGUUCUUCUCAGUGGAUACGCGACAGUAAAAACAGUGACGAUGCGUGCCUUUGCAGUGGCACUUGGUGCCGGUUUAGCGGCUCUCGCUGCCGCCGGCGGCCUUAGCGGAGGAUACGGUAGCUAUGGAGACUACGGAGGAUACGGAGGUGAUCUCGGACUUGGCCUUGGUGGCUAUAGCGGCCUUGAUGGUGGAUACGGGCAACAUCAUGCUCCUAAGGUUAACGUCGUGGUGAAGAGCGUGCCGAAGCCUGUGGCCGUUCCACACCCAGUACCUCAGCCAUACAUCGUACCUGUUCACAAACCUGUGCCUGUCUAUAAGCCAGUGCCGGUACCAAAACCCUAUCCCGUACCGCAUGUUGUUCACCAGUAUUACAGCGUACCCAAGGAAGUUCCAGUGCCCAAAGAGGUGCCUGUUCCCGUACCCGUUGAGGUAAAGAAGCCUUAUCCAGUCCACCACGUUGUUAAGGUACCCAAGCCUUACGUUGUACACGUUCCGAAGCCUUACGUUGUCGAGAAGCCUUACCGCGUGCCUGUUGAAGUGAAGAUUCCUCAGCCUUAUACCGUACCUGUACACAAGCCUUACCCUGUGCCUGUUAAGAAGCCUUACCCGGUCGAGGUGCCUAUUGUCAAGGAGAUCCCCGUGCCCAUUAAAAAGCCCGUGCCCAUCCACGUGCAUGAACAGCACGGACACCACGGUUGGCGCAAGGCUUAAACGAGGGUCAAAUGGUCCAAAUAUGUUCGAUUUACAGUGCUAAUGCGUACAGCCAAUGCAUAUAGCUACCAAAGAACUCAACAAGCCCUCAACUGUCACGUAACAGACGUGUAUCACUGCGUUGUAUAUAAAUGUUGCCAUAUUUGAAAUCCCCAAGGUACAUAAAAUGCCAAACAAAUGACUGUGUAAUAACUA